UGAUUGGAGAGUCAUAUCCAUAGAAGAGAGAGAAAAAUGACAAGUCAAAUCCUAUAUCCCAUGAAUGCGAACAAAUUUGAAGACACUUUUGUCCAAAGUUCAAAAAGUAGAAAGGUGCACACAAAUUCCAUAUUCCUUCCUCCACGACAAACCGCCUUUUCUCUAUCCCACUUCCCACCAUCCUCGCUUAAGCCUUCCUCCUCUCUCUCUCUCUCUACACAACAAUUUAGGGGAAAACCUCGUCUGUUUCUUUCAUUCUCGCACUUAUUAGGGCUGCCAUUCUCGAUUAGAUUCUUUGAUCUACGGAUUUUGCUUACAGAGAGAGAAAAAAAAAAAAAAAGAUUUUCACUUCAAAUCAGUUACCAAAUCCCCUCGUUUCUGCCCCAAAUGUUUCAAGAAGACGGAUCAUCAUCCGUGACCUCGUCGCCGCUGCAAAUGUUCCCGAUGAUGACGUCACCGCAUCCAUGGCUGAAGGAGCUCAAACCGGAAGAGAGAGGACUGUGUCUGAUCCAACUACUCGUGACCUGUGCAGGCCACGUCGCCUCAAACAAUCUCGAGAGUGCGAAUGCGGCCCUUGAUCAGAUCUCGCACCUCGCCUCGCCCUACGGCGACACGAUGCAGCGCAUCGCUUCCUACUUCUCCGAAGCCCUAGCCGAUCGGAUCCUCCGAUCCUGGCCCGGCGUUUACAAGGCCUUCAAUUCGACUAGGGUUCCGGCCGUUGCAGAGGAGAUCGCGGCGAGGAGGAUUUUCUUCGAGCUCCUGCCGUUUCUCAAAGUGGCUUCUGUAAUCAGCAAUCAAGCGAUCGUGGAGGCCAUGGAAGGGGAGAAGAUGGUUCAUGUAAUCGAUUUGAACGCAGCCGAGCCGGCGCAGUGGCGCGCGCUGAUUCGCGACCUAAGCGCCCGCCCCGAGGGCCCACCGCACCUCAGGAUCACGGCGGUGCACCACCGGAGGGAGGCGCUGGAGGAGAUGGCUCGGGUCCUCACUGAAGAAGCUGAGAAUCUGGAUAUCCCGUUUCAGUUCAACCCUAUCGUGGAAGUGAAAUUGGAGAAUCUUGAUUUCGAAAAGCUCCGCGUGAAAACAGGGGAGGCGCUGGCAGUUAAUUCGGUUAUGCAGCUGCAUACGCUCUUGGCCACCGGCGGUGAGGACGCUCGUGGUGGCGGCCGCAGUCCGAGUAACGACUCAGGCUCCUCGUCGCCACCACUGUCCGCCUCCUCCUACCACUCUCCGAGCAUGGAGAACUUCCUGAGCGCGAUAUGGGGUUUAUCCCCGAAAGUCAUGGUGGUGGCGGAGCAAGAUUCCGACCACAACGGGAGGAGCAUGAUGGAGAGGCUGUCGGAGUCGCUCUACUUCUAUGCGGCGCUGUUCGACUGCACGGAGUCGGCAUUGCCACGAGGCUCGCUGGAGAGGAUGAAGAUGGAGAGGAUGGUGUUGGGAGAGGAGAUCAAGAAUAUCGUCGCGUGUGAGGGGGCGGAGAGGCGGGAACGGCACGAGAGGCUCGAGAGGUGGAGCCGGAGGCUCGAGGUGGCUGGGUUCGUGGGGGCGCCGCUUAGCUACUAUGCGCUGCUGCAGGCGAAGAGGCUGCUGCAGAGCUACAAGUGUGAGGGUUACAAGAUUAAAGAGGAGAAUGGGAGUGUUGUGAUUUGCUGGCAAGAUCGGCCACUCUACUCUGUUUCGGCUUGGAGAUUUAGGAGGUGAAAAAUGAAAGUUCUUGGCCAAUUUUAGCUUGUGUUUUCUUCUUCUUCUUCAUGAUUAGUUCAUUUGUAGAUUGAUCUAUUUAUCUAUCGUGUGCAUAGUAGGUAUUGAUUGUGAUUUUAGGCCUUUUUCUUGCCCACUUUUGAGUGUUCGUUGAGUUCAAUGUUUGUAGAUGCUCCCAUUCGCAGUUUAAGUGUAAUACUAGAUUCAUCUAUAUAUAAAGGGACUUUCUUCAA